AUGGCAUCGAACUUGGCUCCGUCGAAGCGUAACGCUGUAGGCACUGCUACAGAGGACCCAGGACCGCUCAUUGCGGAUAGCGCAGACACGAUUUCAAACGACCGUCACAAUAAUACACUCCAGGACGAGACCCGCGCUGAGAACAAUAGAGGCGCUGGUUCUCACAACAGCACAAUUGAACCUAUUCACGGUAUUGACCAAAACAAUAGGGUCCAGAUCCAUCCUCCCAUGACUUAUUCAACGAGAAUUACUACUUCCUCUGGUGUUACGCCUUUGGUAGUAGCUAGUGACAUGCCUGCUCCCACGCCAAAUCUGUCUCAAAAUCCUGGCUGGAACCAACCUCUCACCAACACCGUCAACUUCUACGACCCCGACAACACUUUCAUGCAAGUGCCAGCUUACUAUCCAGGAGCAAGCAUGGAGUCCGUUGUCCCCUUCGAUCCCUCCUCGAAUGCGCCGUUUACAGACCGAACACAAGCCUAUCUGCCUCGGGGUCAUGGUGUGAUUAAGAUCAAGAAUAUCCCCUAUGGCCUCACCAUGGCAGAGGUACAACAAUUCAUCUGCAAACAUGUCCACGUUGAAGAUCUGCUCAAACCGCAUGAAGAGGGUUUCCCCAUCCACAUCAUCAUGGAACGUUCAACUGGCAAAACCAUGGACGCCUAUGUUGAAACAAUCACUCCAUUGAUCGCAGCUCAAGCAUGGGAACAUGGCUUUGGUCUUGCUCGCAUGCGUCAUCCAAAACUCGGACAACGUCAUGUCACUGUCGAAUUGAGCGACCAGGCAGAGUUGAUGCGAGACCUGUUCCCCAGAGCCCGCUGUGUUGUUUGGGAUAAGGAAGAGCCUAGCGUUCCUCGUGUCAUACACACGAACGAUAUCUACACUUCUGGUUUCAAAGGCUUCUUCACUGCUGAAGAGAUGAACGGUGUGAUUCGACACGCUGAAUAUCCGCAACGUUCUCCGUUCGCUAUGCGUAGCUUUCAACGCACCUUUGAAAGCACUAUCAGUACGUUGUACAAGUUUCCUUGGUAUGCUGUUGACUUGUAUACCUUGCAGCAGCGCGACACCCUCUUCAAGACGUACACUCGGCAGUUGGAGAUUUUGAUUCUGAAGGUUGAUCCUGGCUCUCAAAUCCCUCGUGAAGUUGGACUCGACAACAAGUUGCUGAUGGACUUCUUGUUCGCUGGCAUGAACUGUGCUGGCUUUUCAGAGCGACAGAAGGCUUUGAUCGCUGAUGCAUCUCUUCGAGUUGGUCCGGGAAUGCGCAUCAGCAUUCAUGCCCGCAACUGGCCCUUUCAGACUCUUUCUUCCAACCCACCAAUGCUAUCUGAUCAAGACAUUGGUAUGUGGUUCGAAGUUCUGAAUCUAGGCGUUACUGCCUUCGAGCGUGAAGGUCGAGGAGAUAUCGGUGUCCGACCGCACCUGGAAGUCAUCCGUGACAACAAUGGCUAUCUGUUGUUUACCUACACCGAAUCUGGGGCCAAUCUUCCCCGCAAGACCUUUUCCCGGAUGGAAAGCAAGGUAUUGACCACUUUGAUGCGCAAGGGCUGGUCUAGUUACAUGAGUCAGCUUGGUAUUGCUCCUGGCUUCGGCCUUGAUCCUAAUGUAUUUGGAGACGACGUGCUCGAACCAGUCUACGAUGCCGAGGAUGACAUGUUCCAGGACGAAGAGGAGGGCCAUACCGUGGCUGGCGAGAAACGUAUUGAAUACACCGAUGAAGAACGCUUGGAGGCGUACCAGAAGGUUUUGGCCGAUAUCAAGAGAGAGGAGGGCGCAAUGCUCAUGGGACAAAUUGAUCGCUUUGCCAAUCGUGGCUACGCAAAUCCUGAUUCGGGUCUUGCUGAAGGCAUGACGGCUUUGGACAUUGGCUCUGGUCGACCCACGCACCGUGGUACACUCAAUCCCGAGUCAACCACUUUCACACCACGACUCACCAGCGCGAAUAUGGGCGGCUUUCCACGAUUUGGACCAGCACAGGACAUUAACCCACCCUACAUGCUCAAUCCCACCCAAGUCACCAGUUCGUCACAUACCAACACAGGUCACCAGAGCACCAACAGUGGCCUAGUCUCGGGUCCGGCUCCUGCUCAUACCUCGGUGCGUCGCGAUGUUAGCAUGACCACUUCUAUGAGUGAUCCGGAUGACGUUCCUACGCCAGCUCGAGUCUACCCUCCAGCGCACCCAGAUGGCAGCCCGCCUCUUAGGAGAAUUACGACUAGAUUGGAGAACACGGUCAGAACAGAGUCUAUGGUAGUCAGCCCUCAGCACUGCGGUGUGGCUUCGCCCUUGCCCACUUUGCAAAACUUGCCACCAGCUCCUGCUGGUAUGGUUCACCCCCUACCUGACAAGCCACCUGCUGUUGUCAUGCCGUCUAUUGGUCGACCGAAUUCAGCUCGUGGAAAGAACAAGGGCACUGUGUCUGGUAUGACAUUUGGCGUUCGUCCAGAGAUUGGACGUGGAGCUAUCGGCCGUGACCCACGUUUGUCUACUGGCAUGAGUGGAAUGGGCGCGGGCGUGACUAUGGGUGCUGGCAUGUAUGGUUCAAGCUCUUCAUCUCGUCGAUCCAGCGAAGGCUAUGGCAUUCCUUUUGGCAAUGCUGCGCUUGCUGCUGUCGUCCGUGGUCGAUCUCCUGGUCAAUUCGACGGCCCCAACCGUUCCAAUGCUUCCACCCCAACCUUGAAUCUGGGCAUUGGAAUGACUGGCUUGUCCCCGAUCGGAGCCGAUCCAAACGAUCUGAUGGUUCAGUCAGACCCUCCACGUCCCGGAACUCAUGGCCGUGCUCAAUCCCAAUUGAACAUCUCUGAUGUUAUCAACGAGGAAAGCGAAGAGAAUGAGGUGGCUGACCACGGUAAGGGUCGCAUGUACUACUGA